AUACAACCUAGCAAGACGAUGAGCUGGAGCAUGAAUCUUGCUCAUGAAGGCUACUAUUCUCAGCAGACCACAGAGUAAACCAGCUGCUUCCUUCAGCUCAUCUUCAGGCGUCUCUGUUUUAGACUCUUAACCUGUUGCUUAUUUGGUGUUUAGAAUCCGCUGAUAGAUAGCACAGUUUGUACCAAAUUAGACUAGACUAUGUUGUGCUAUGCAAUAACAAGCGGUAAGAUCUUAUACUAACAAAAUCCCUGUCACAUUACCAAACGAGAUAAGACUUUUUGCUGUCUUUCGAAUUAAAUUCAAAAGGAUAAAUGGAACAGAAAAAAUUUAAAGUCAGAAGUGGUCCUAAGAUUAAUAUAUAUAUAACCAAUUGUCCCGUUUCUCAACAAUACACUAGAUGGUGGUCUUAAGCCGUUCUGACUUUGAUAAAUUAUAAACUGUUGUCGAGUCUUUUUUUUUUUUAUGGGUUGGAUGCUCUGUCCAAUAUGUGAAUUAUGCAUUGUCAUUCAAGUUUUCAGUUUGUUGAUGAUGCGCACAUCUACAAUGUUGGAAAUGCAAAACAUUCACCAGAGAGUUAUGACAUUUUAACCUUUUCCUAGCAAAUAAACUGAACCUUCUUUCUCUCCCUUGUGACAACGAUGAACUAGUUUAGUAGUAUUAUCGGUUCAUCACAGUCCGAAUUAAUUGCGAUUCGAAAUUUUCCACGUCUCAUGUCAUAAGUCUAAAACUAGAGAUUCCGUACGCGUCUUCCCUUUUAUAAUCUUACUGACUAAAGCAAAACAACAAACCGUUUUUAUAUAAAUUUCUGACUAACAAAAUUGAGAAAGAUGAUAAUACAUUUUCUAUUACAAGAGCAUAUUGCUUGGGUGUCUUGUUUUUUAUGAGUCGCCCUAUCAUGCUCAAGUUUCAAGAGAGACCAGAAAUAGCAAAUGUCCAAACUUCUAUAUAAAAUAUAGGAAAAGACUAAAAAUAGACCUUUAAACAAAACACAUGAAAUCUAUCAUAAAGAUAUUCUCUGAGCAACUGUUGAUGUGUUGUCAUUUUUUCUCCAUCUCCAGAAGGAAGCUGGGGAGAUGGGAAGAAAAAUAUGGUGGUUGUUCCUAAACAACGAGAUAAGACACAUCAAAUCUUUUACGCGGUACGAAGUUAAAGAUGAAGAAGCUGCAUUGAUCUUCCCAAAAGAUCCUCCAUGGUUCAAGGUAUGGAUGGUUCCUGUGAUGAUGCUUUUUAUUUUCUUUAUCGUUGUUGUUAUAUUAAUUUGUCGACGUUGUCAAAAUUGUCGCCGUGGCGAAAAUUCUCCCAGCAUCCAUCCUAUCUCCCAGAACACCUAGCUAAUUUGUUUAGAUUUCUUCUUUCUGUCAUAUGUAAAUUGUCCAUGGUGCAAUAUAAAUUCUACAGCUUCACCAUAUAUUUCUGAGCAAAUUGAUCUAAUGAAAAAUAUAAAAGCAGUAUUCAACAAAAUAAGACUAAACGAUGCGGAAAGAGAACA